ACUUUUGCCAGGGAAAGUAUCGGUGAUGUACCUGCGGUACGUAAAUCUGAUGUGGUGGUUGCUGAAACGCUGAAACACUGGCCAUCGAUCGAGUACUAGUAGAUCCGAAAAGCACAAGGUAGCCAAGCAGCUUCGCUUCUCACAAGAUAAAGAACAAAAAUUGGAACACACACAAAACCAACUUGCUCCUUUCAUAAAAACAAUUCUUCUUCUACACUAUCCACUCACUACCACCAUGACCUCCACCAUGAAGCUCCUACAGACCACCCUCCUCAGACGGCACCGUUCCAACCCCAUGCCCGCCGCCGACUCCAAGGCAUCUCCUUCCAAUGAUUCCAUGAUUGUGGAUUUGGCCCGCAAUGAUGCGCUUCCUGCCCUCCGAGUCCUCCGCGAAACUCCCAAACUUCAUCAGAGUGUCAAGACCGCCGUGAUCCAUGCCGAAUCCUGUGUAUGGUACGGCUCUGUCAAGAUGGACUUGUUUGCUCUUGUCGAAGUCUUUUCUCUCUUGGGAGAACUUCCUCGCCUCCAAAGCAUCACUGUCGAUUUGUCCGACCUCAAGGUCCCCAUGGCCGCAUUGACGGCGUUGCUCCGAGGUGCCAAGGCCCUACGAGAAUUGCACUUGAUCAACAUUCACCUGGUCGGCGACACCAAAGCACUCGACGAAGUGCUCAAGACACACAAUCGCCUGCAACACGUCCGCUUUCUCCGCUGCACUGGCGUCGCCAUUCAAUCCUUCAUGGCACACUUGCCCUCCCUCAAACGCCUCGAACUCCGCUACAGUGCCUUGGGUGAGCGCUGCACUACUACGGAUGUCAACCCAUGGAAAAUUUUGGGCGCUUCCACCACACUGCAGUCACUGACCAUUCAAGAAUUGGCCGAUCUCACGACGGACAAUGCCCUCUCCUUUUGCAUGGCUCUCUCCGAACAACAAUUGCGCGGCACCUGCCAAUUGCAGGAAUUGCACAUGACCAGUGCCAGUACCACCGUAGAUGGACAACAAAUCGGACAAGCCAUGGCCGACAUUUUCAUCCUCCAUUCCAACAACUGCACCAUCAAGACGCUGACACUCAAAUUCGGUCGCACAUGGAAGACGGCCGGUCACACGGUCGCAUCCAUUCUCCAACGCAACCCGGGGCUGUCCAGUUUGUGCGUCGAACUCACGGGCGGAAAUACUGCCACGUCCACUCAUGCGGCACCCAUCUUGCACGCGCUGACAAAGAAUAACACGUUGAAGCGGCUCAAAAUUUGUUUGGAUCGCGACAUGCAUCUCGAUGAACCGCUCGAAGAUGCCUUUCAAUCGGCCAUCGAACAGGUCCUCCUCCAACACAAUCACGUAUUGCAAAGUCUCGUCAUUUUGGAUGAAAAUCGCGACAGGUAUCUACUCACCAAAGACGCCAAACUCAAGUUGGAGUUGAAUGCCACCAAAUUGCCCGCUCUGUUGCACAGUCACAAUGGAACGCAACGAGACUACCUCAAUGCCAUGAUUGAUGCCAAUAGUGGCAAUUCGUUGGAUGCCGUCUUUUACGCACUGUCCAAUCAACCCAAUCUGCUGCGGGACAUGGAGUCUUUGGAAGUUUCAGCCGCACAUCCAACAACAAUGAAGAAACAGCAAAAGAGUCUCAUUGACAGUGACAGCGAGAGUGACGAUGAAUCCACACGGUACUGGGGCAUUCCCAUUGUCAAGCGAAAGUCCAAGAGAAAGACUAUCAAGGACUUUUUCAAAGUCUAAGCAAGCAAGCAAUACAACAUACAACCGCAACGCAAAGCAGCCAUCAUGCAAAACAUACAUACAUGUACUACGUAUACUGCUAGAGAGUAAAACCCGCAAAUUAGAUCACACCAGUUUUUGUCAUCUUU